CGCCCGCGCCCCCCUGCCGGGCCGCGCCCCCCGCCCCCCAUGCACCACCUCCUGGAGCAGUCGGCGGACAUGGCGACCGCGCUGCUGGCGGGAGAGAAGCUGCGGGAGCUGAUCCUGCCGGGCGCGCAGGACGACAAGGCGGGCGCGCUGGCCGCGCUGCUUCUGCAGCUGAAGCUGGAGCUGCCGUUCGACCGCGUGGUCACCAUCGGCACCGUGCUGGUGCCCAUCCUGCUGGUCACCCUGGUCUUCACCAAGAACUUCGCAGAGGAACCCAUUUACUGUUACACCCCGCACAACUUCACGCGCGACCAGGCGCUGUACGCCCGCGGCUACUGCUGGACGGAGCUGCGGGACGCGCUGCCCGGCGUGGACGCCAGCCUGUGGCCGUCGCUGUUUGAGCACAAGUUCCUGCCCUACGCGCUGCUGGCCUUCGCCGCCAUCAUGUAUGUGCCCGCGCUGGGCUGGGAGUUCCUGGCCUCCACGCGCCUCACCUCCGAGCUCAACUUCCUGCUGCAGGAGAUCGACAACUGCUACCACCGGGCGGCCGAGGGCCGCGCACCCAAGAUCGAGAAGCAGAUCCAGUCCAAGGGCCCGGGCAUCACGGAGCGCGAAAAGCGCGAGAUCAUCGAGAACGCGGAGAAGGAGAAGAGCCCGGAGCAGAACCUGUUCGAGAAGUACCUGGAGCGCCGCGGCCGCAGCAACUUCCUGGCCAAGCUGUACCUGGCGCGGCACGUGCUGAUCCUGCUGCUGAGCGCCGUGCCCAUCUCCUACCUGUGCACCUACUACGCCACGCAGAAGCAGAACGAGUUCACCUGCGCGCUGGGCGCGUCCCCGGACGGGGCGGCAGGUGCGGGGCCCGCGGUGCGCGUGAGCUGCAAGCUCCCGUCCGUGCAGCUGCAGCGCAUCAUCGCGGGCGUGGACAUCGUGCUGCUGUGCGUCAUGAACCUCAUCAUCCUCGUCAACCUCAUCCACCUCUUCAUCUUCCGCAAGAGCAACUUCAUCUUCGACAAGCUGCACAAAGUGGGCAUCAAGACGCGCCGGCAGUGGCGCCGCUCGCAGUUCUGCGACAUCAACAUCCUGGCCAUGUUCUGCAACGAGAACCGCGACCACAUCAAGUCGCUCAACCGGCUGGACUUCAUCACCAACGAGAGUGACCUCAUGUACGACAACGUGGUCCGGCAGCUGCUGGCGGCGCUGGCGCAGUCCAACCACGACGCCACCCCCACGGUGCGCGACUCGGGGGUGCAGACUGUGGACCCCAGCGCCAACCCCGCCGAGCCCGACGGCGCCGCCGAGCCGCCCGUGGUCAAGCGGCCGCGCAAGAAGAUGAAGUGGAUCCCCACCAGCAACCCGCUGCCGCAGCCCUUCAAGGAGCCGCUGGCCAUCAUGCGCGUGGAGAACAGCAAGGCGGAGAAACCGAAGCCCGCGCGCCGAAAGACGGCCACGGACACGCUGAUAGCGCCGCUGCUGGACCGCUCCGCCCACCACUACAAGGGCGGAGGAGGCGACCCAGGCCCAGGCGCUGCCCCCACGCCCGCCCCGCCGCCCGCCCCCGACAAGAAGCACGCGCGCCACUUCUCCCUGGACGUGCACCCCUACAUCCUCGGCACCAAGAAGGCCAAGCCCGAGGCGGUGCCCGCCGCCCUGCCCGCCUCCCGGAGCCAGGAGGGGGGCUUCCUGUCCCAGGCGGAGGACUGUGGGCUGGGCCUGGCCCCGGCGCCCACCAAAGAUGCUCCGCUCCCCGAGAAGGAAAUCCCGUACCCCGCAGAGCCAGCCCGGCCAGGGCUUCCCUCGGGGGGCCCGUUCCACGUCCGCUCACCUCCCCCCGCGCCUGCUGUGGCCCCUCUGACACCAGCCAGCCUGGGCAAGGCGGAGCCCCUCACCAUCCUGAGCCGAAACGCCACGCACCCGCUGCUACACAUCAACACGCUGUACGAGGCCCGGGAGGAGGAGGAAGGGGGCCCCCGCCUGCCGCAGGACGUGGGGGACCUCAUCGCCAUCCCUGCCCCGCAGCAGAUCCUCAUCGCCACCUUCGACGAGCCCAGAACGGUCGUGAGCACUGUGGAGUUUUGAGGGAUGGCACCGCCCAGGCCAUCAGAGCCCCUCCGUGUCAGAGGCCUCCCGGCGGACGCCAGCCCUGCGUGGACGUGGCCUCUGCUUCGACCGCACUGCCCACAUCCCCAACCUCCGUCCGCAUGCCUGGGGCCCCCACCCCACCCGCUGGAUAGGGGAACCCGCCCCGACGGCAUCACCAGGCACUGGCUGGGGCGGGAAAAGGUGGCCCCGUGGAGCCGGUGGCCAGGAAGGCUGAAGCUGGCCUCCCAUGAUCCUGCAUCAGGUGCCCAGCCGUGGGUGGGGACCUUGAGAUGAAGAGUUUAUUUUUGUAGUCCGUUUUGUCCUGGCCCCAGGCUGUGGCGGGACAGCCCAGCUCCCCCAGCCCAGAGCCAGGGAAGAGGAAGGUGGAGCGGGUCCCACCAGUGGGGUGGCCACGCCCAUGGGGUCACGUGCUCAGGGGUCACCCCCCUGCAGGGACCUGAUGCCCUCGGGUGGGAGGGACCGAGGUCCACCCUCGGGUCAAAGAUCAACAUGCACUUUCUCCUUGUCGCCUGACAUACAUUUUAUUUUACUAAGACUGCUGUACUGAACAAGCAUAUUUAUCAGGAGACUUAGGAUGGGUUUAAAGCAGGAUGGUGUGUGUGUGUGAACGGGCAUGAGCAGAGGUGGGCGUGAGCAAGCGGGUGUGUAUGUACUAGUGUGCACGUGUGUUCAUGUGCACAGAGGGUGUGGUGCCAGCUUGGGUGGGAUUGUGUGUGAGCAGGCGGGUGAGUGAGCGAGUGCACGCUGGCGCGUGGCCCAUGUAUGAGGAGGGAAGCAGCCCAACGCAAUAACCACGUCCCCUACCCGGGCCCCCUGCCGUGGCUGAGGCCACACAGCUUCCUGUGGGAGCCCCGGCUGGCACCCGGCUGGUCCCACCCCGAAUACCUCAGCCGUGGAGGCCAUGUGAUGCAGAAUUAACAAGGUAGCACCGAGCAUAUCAAUAAAUAUUAUUCUGAUAA